GUUCGAAGGGAAACGUUCUGCUACCAAGAAAACAACACGUUUGCUUAGGUAGACAACUUUGUGUCGUUCUUCUUACGGAUCGAAAUAUUCUUCACUCAUCAACUGUUUGCCUGUUGAAUCACAGACAAAAAAACUAUGAACUGUGACAAUCUUGUUCUACUUGUAACGGCGGCAUUUAGUAUUCUGGUCAUCGAUUUGGCUUUGGCCAAGGACUAUUACAAAAUUUUAGGGGUUCCUAGAGAUGCGAACGGCAGACAGAUUAAGAAAGCUUUCAGGAAGCUUGCUGUAAAAUAUCAUCCCGAUAAAAACAAAGCUAAGGAUGCAGAGGUGAAAUUUAGAGAAGUUGUGGAAGCAUAUGAGGUACUAUUUGAUGAGAAGAAAAGGCGACAAUAUGACCAAUUUGGAUCAGAAGGGAUGAAUAAUGAUGGCUUCAACUUCAAUCAAGGAUUCCAGAGCUUUGAUGAUAUAUUUAAAGACUUUGACUUUGGUUUUGGAAAUGGACACAAUCAGAGGGGAGGAGGUGGAGGUUUUAAGUUUUCAUUUGGAGGAGGAUUUGAUGAUUUCUUUGAUGAUGAUGAUGAGGAGGAUGAUGACGAAGAUGACUUUUUUGGAGGAGGAUUUAAGUUUGGUGGCUUUGGAGAUUCAUUUUUUAGUGAUGACAGCUUUCACAGCGGUAGACAUAGAGAUGACUUUUACUCUGAAGAUAAUGGGGAUAGAUUCCACAGAAAUGUCAGACACUCAGAGUUUAAACAAACACAAUCAAGAGGUAGAAGUUGCAGAACUGUCACAAGGAAAGUGGGAAAUAUGGUUACAACUUUUACAGAUUGUUCGUAAGGAUGGUAUUUAGUAAUUUUUAGAAUACAAUCCUCUUGGGCUGGGGAAUUGACUAAUGUAAUGGGGAAACUUAUCAUAAUCAAAUUGGGUUUCCCCGUGCCACAGGUAGUUGAAGGAACUGAUAAAGAGCUGUUAACUACAGUUGGUAAAAAAUUACAAAGAAUAACCUAGUUUUAACAGAAAUCUUAUGUAAUUAUGUUAGGCAAAGUAUAAAGUUAACUCACAGGAAAUAAAUAGGGAAAAUUAUUACUUUAAGGAAAUCUAAACAGUACAAAUUUACUCAUGUUUUCAGUGAUGGGUUCAAAAGUGGGCAAACUUGAAUGGAAGCCCAGGUUGACGGUACCUUAGAAUAUUUGGUGGGUAAGGGAUUGGACUGAAUAUUUGUAGGAAUAGUGCAGGCAGUCACCAAUAAAAAUGGUCUAUUCUACUGCUAAAGAAUUGAGAUAGUUUUGUACUUGAUUGAAGGUUCUCCCAACUAACUGUGGCUCUGAGGGUGGUAUGAUAUUUUUCUCAAAUCAUAAUGUCAUAAACUGAAAAAAAAAAAAUCUUUUUGUUCUUUAUUUGUAUUAGAAUGAGUUUAGAUUUCUACAAUAUUUAAAAUGAAAUACCAUGGUAGUAGUGAAGGAUUCAUUGUUUGCCAUUAAACACGGUAGUUUCACUCAGUAAUUUAGUUAUAUUAUUAAAUUAUGUGUUCUAUUACACACAAGAUUGACUGUAUUUAGCAACUAAAUGUAAAG